UAAUCCGUGAUACGGAAAUUUUAGCCCAAUUCGGAACAUUUCCAAGCGCCUGACCGGCAGCGAACCAAGUAGGAACGCCGGGACAUACACAAAUGCGUUACGUCCAAUAUGGCGAAUUGCAAAUUAUGAUAAGGGAAAACGAUGCUGCGAUUGAUUGUUGGAGUUGCCAGAACUGCUUGCAUAGCAGGAAAGAAAAUAAGUGUCAACAUACCUCCAAAUGUGGUUACAUCUCAUCAGAAAACAUAUAUUACACUAAACUCACAGUUCCAAUCACUACAACCAUCCAUAGCAAACUGUAACAUCUCAUUUGCUCCGGUAACAAGUUCGCAGUUGUUGAGUGCUGUACAACCCAGGCUUCUGAAUCUACUUCAGCCUCAGAUCAGGACAGUUACAAAGUUUUCUAUCAGGAAGGGCAAGAGGAAAACUGUGAAGGCAGCAGUAAAGCGUUUCUUUCGAUUGUCCUGGGGUGGUUGGAUCCGCACACGUGCAGGGCGUUUUAAGCAUUUAUGGAGAAAAUCUGCUUACCAGAAAUAUCGAUACAAACAACAUGUCUUCUGCAAUGCAACACAGUGUACACUGCUGGAUAAGAUGGUGACAAAAUACUGGAAAAGACGGAGAUAUUACGUAGAUGAUCCGUAUGAACCUUACCACACACGAGAAGAAUAUCCAAUCACAAGAAAGAAACCUCUUCCACCCCCACCACAUUAGAUCUCAUGUCUUUAA